CAGUUCUAGGGUUGCAGCUACUGGCGAUCUUAGGGAUCAUGGACUUCCUGCCCCAGGGUAUGGAAAGCUACUUGAACUAUCUAUGCAAGAGAAUUCUAGGCUAGAGAGGGAUGAGUUCCCGCUGACGGGAUGCCCUCUUGAAAGUAAUGCGCCUUUGUGCCGAAGAUAUGCUGGAUGAACUAGAUGGAAUAGCGGUUGCAUGCAACUUUGCCAGAACCACCUGCUUUGACGUCCAAGAUGAUGUGCUUGAAACUACCGUAGGGCUGGCUACGAGUAGGGCAGGUGCCACUUGGGGGAAAGGGCGUCCGGCGCUCUCCGUUGAUGCAAGUGGACAUUGUGGGGGUUCUAGGUAGAUUCGGAUGCGACAGCAAUUGUAGAUAGUUUAGCUCAGCACGUCCUAUGCUGCAAUAGGAGACUUUUCG